UCACCGCCCCGUUCUAUGCUCAUUUGAGGUUGGUAUUCACUAGUUCUGGACAAGGUGAUCGUUACUGGUUCUGCAAAAUCUCAGAAUGAAGUUUUUCGUGUUCGUUGUGAUGGCUGCAUUAGUAGCCAUCAGUAUGGCUGACAUAUACAUGCAUAAUCCAAGAGGCUCCAACAAUCGACUGAAUGAGAGGAGUGCAAACAGACGAAACGCUAACAGAGCCUUCGACUCUCAGAAUAACAAUCGUGGAGGUUAUAACGUUGGUGACAAGACGGCAACCGCGUUUAGGAAUGAAGCUGGACAAUAUGACAUGCGCUACUUUCAAAGCAGCAGAAAGUCGACUGGAAAAUCUUACCUCACGGUUGAAUGGACCAACCAACAUGGAUGUGGUGGAAAUGACGACUCUGACCCUCACAAGUUAAACUGUCAGCUCAUAAUGCAGUACAUGUGUGAACCAGACACCUUGCCAAAGAACAAAUUCAGUAUGAGAAAUGGUUUAGAUACCAACACGCAACCCUUUACUGCUAAUAGACAAGGCGAUAAAGAGACUGAGGCAUCCUUUAAUAACAGACGCAAUGCUAAUGUACAGACAAACCGUGUUCUCUUUGAAUCCUACUCAUGGUAUGACAAGUGCAGACAGAGGAACCGCAACAAAGGUCUCUUUACUGCAGAUCAGAAGCUUAAAGGUGAUCAAAGUAUCUACACACGUCAAAAUCCUGCUGGAACAAGACGUGGUUACGAGUGCCCUGAAGAGCGUGACUAUUUCCCUUACUGGCAUCCAACCGACUGGAAGGACAUUGCUGUCCUAACCUCCAAUCAAUCACAGUGCAGCUACUAUGAGAGAGAGAGCUUUAAUGUCAAGUCUAAGCAUGAAUGUGUUGAGAAAUUCCCUAGUGGUAGAGUUCGACAUUGGUCAAAGUACAACAAUGAGAAAGAAUGUACAGCAAACAAAGGUAGCUGGYUAGAAUUCAAUAACUUUUUGGAAACUGAACCAAGUGCCAAGAGUGAAAAUGCAUGCAAAGGAAAAGGCAAUCGCUACUUCUGGGGAAGAAGACAUGGCCAAGUCAAUAAAGAAUGUCUUGUUAAGUUACCAAAGCCAGACUGCAAACAAUCACCCUGGUCAAGAGUUAAUCACCUUGGUAACGGCAGAGAGGGGGUACCAUUGAAUUACACAUGGGAACUACCCAGCUUUCCUUCUGGCAAAGACCAGCGCUGCAUCCUUAGGAUUAGGUAUAACAUUUCAACMGAUGACUAUGAUCCAUGGACUACUGACUCGAAAUCCAACCAGAACUUAGCUGCUUUGAAAUACUCGCCAAUCCAACAAAACCCUGUUGUUGAUGUUGGAUCUAACAUGCAAGGUCUUCGCCUGGCAAUCAACACUGCCCAGUUUGGUCGUACAUUCCAAGACAGAAGCCAUGUGUUUAAGUUAUGGUCUCGCGACACYAAUAAUAGAGGUCUCCCUGAAGAUAAGGACAUCCAUAAUUUGAAUGUUCGUGGUAAGAGAGGCAAYAUAGUUCAGACAUAUCCAGCWGUAGAGUACGACUUUAUCCCCAACAGAAUGACUCUCAAUGGUAACAAAGACCUUCUACACAUCCAGUGGACAGGCUCCAACAGUCACAAUAAUGGCGGCCCUGCUGGAGAUGGUCAAGCUGGAGAUGCUGGCGAAGGAACUAGAGGUACAGAUAGAAGCAAUAUGGUUGAGACUUUGGACCCACUCGAUAACUUUCCCAUGACAUGGGAAAAAUCCAGCAUGUUCAAAAACGCUAAGGUUGUUUGGACCAGCCAUCAGUACAAGAAGCAAGCCCCAGAAGAUAUUGCCAUCUCUAUGGCAAGCAGUGGUUACUACUCGUGUCUUGUAAACAACAAACAAGUUGGAUGUACCGGACAAUCUACCGACACCAAACCUGUCAUGAAUAACUUGUUGAACAAUGCYCCAGCAUCCUACGAAGGAAUGGUACUGCAAUUCAGCAAAGGAGAAUACUUUUACACCUGCACCAGAAACAACAACUUCUCCAACAGAAGUCAGAAAGGAUGGCUCAAGAUAAAAUAAACAGCUGUCGAUAUGAAACUACCAUACACAAGUAGAUAGCUUCCAAAUAUACCCUUCUGGACUAUCAUGUGAUUCAAAUGUCUUGAUACAGUAUAUAAACACAAUCUUAAUUUAAAAAAUUCAUUGCAUGGUAUUUCAUAUGAUCAACGCUUAAAUACACCGUACGUAUAUAAUAAACACUGGUUCUACAACUA